AUGGACAUGGACGUCCCUAAACGCAAACCUUUACCUCUACCCAAGGACGAGGAGAAUGCGACAACGACAGCGACUUCUCCGCCUCCGCCUCCGCCUACGGGGCCGGGAGCCCCGUCGCCAGGCUCAGGCCCGCAAUGGUGGCAGAACGGGACCCGGCGGUGGUUCGCGCUGUCACAGCGCAAACGGACGAUUAUUGUCGUGGCCUUCUUUGGGUGUUUGGCGCUGAUUGCGCUGGUUUUUGGACUUGCUGUUGGGUUGACGAGGAGGGGGAGUGGACAUGCAAACCUCCCUCUCCCGACCGCCCACGGCGGCCCCUACAAAGGCGACCUGACCUACUACGACCCGGCACUGGGAUCCUGCGGCAUCACCAGUUCCAGCUCGGACAUGAUAUGCGCGGUCUCGCAUAAAUUGUUCGAUGCGGCGUCGACGGGCUCGAAUCCGAAUGCGAAUCCCCUGUGCGGACUGAAGUUGAGAGUUAAACGGGGGGAGAGUAGUGUUGAUGUGAUGGUUGUGGAUCGGUGCGUUGGAUGCGAGGCCACCGACCUGGACGUUUCUUCGGCGGUGUUUAAACGGCUCGCGGACAUGGAUCUCGGUCGCGUGUUGAUUGAAUGGGCGUGGUUGGAUGAGGCGCCGGUUGACAAGACGCUGUGA